AUGGCCGCCAUAGGGGGAGGCGAGGGGCGCCAUUCCAGCUCGCGUUUACGUAGCAUCCCAACGGCAGGGCGACCUGAGCGUCACCACCGCGGUGGCCAUGACCACGGUGGUGGUGGUGGUGGUGAUGCUGCUGGUGAUGAUGAUGAUGAUCUCCCCGAGGACGAUGUGCGGCACAUGGCGACUCAGAUUGGCGAGCUGCUGUGUGCCUGCGCCAUGUUACGUCGAAGCUGUGCCAGCCUGCCGGUUGCCGGCACCCUCUCCCGCCAAUGUGUGGCACUGUCGAGGCGUCUUGUCCGCGGCGUCUUGUCGUCGUGCCAGCCUUCCAACGCGCUUCCCAGCCUGGUGGUGGUGUCGGUGGUGGUGGUGGUGGUGGUGGUGGCGGCUGCAUCGCUACGCCGCGUGUCCAUGCAUCUCAUCUCAUCUCAUUCCCGCCCGCCCGCCUGCCCCGAUGCACUCGCAGAUGCAAGAAGAAACCCUCAGAUCUCUUGCGCCCACCCGUAA